CCACUGGUAUCCUGCUUCCUUCGGAUAUAAAUAUCCAUACUUGGGUGUAUCGCGCAACAGUACCAUUUUGGAAACUAUAGAAAACCGAUCGAUCUCGUUCCGAGAAUUAAGUUGCUACAAAGAUGAACACCCUCGUCACCGUUACUUGUCUGCUGGCCGCUGUGACUGCUGUACGUGGCAUAGAUCAAGACACCAUAGUCGCAAAGUACAUGGAGUAUUUGAUGCCUGAUAUAAUGCCGUGCGCCGACGAACUUCACAUUUCGGAAGAUAUCGCAACGAAUAUACAAGCGGCGAAAAAUGGAGCCGACAUGAAGCAACUUGGUUGCUUGAAAGCCUGCGUGAUGAAACGAAUAGACAUGUUGAAAGGCACGGAACUUAAUAUAGAACCAGUGUACAAGAUGAUAGAAGUCGUCCACGCCGGCAACGCGGAUGAUAUCCAAUUAGUAAGAGGGAUCGCUAAUGAGUGCAUCGAGAAUGGCAAGUACUUGCUAUUUCGUUCGACGUUGCUACGCUUUUUCAAUUUUCCUCUUAUUCUCUUAUUCUCUACAUUUCGUUGAAAAUUUUGAAAAAUAGUUUUGUCGUUUCCAAAUGGAAAAAAAAAAAGAUAAUCAUAUCGUAACGUGGAAAAUUAUUAAUAUAGUCGAAGUCGUUAUCGUGGAUUUUAAAAUUGUAAUUAAUAUUUUUGAAUAAUACGAUAAUAAGAAGUUAAUAAUACGUUGACAAAUUAAUAUAUUUUUAUCCUGUCUCUGGUUGUGCAGCCAAAGGGGAAACGGACGAAUGCAGUAUCGGUAACAAAUAUACCGACUGCUACAUCGAAAAGCUGUUCUCGUAAAAACGAAAAAGUCACGUACCGAGGAUUAUCACACGUAUUGUAUCACACGUUUAAUAAAACGAUGUAAAUGAUA